AUGGUGAGGCUCAAGAACCGCUACAUCCUCUUUGAAGUGCUACAUCCAUCUACUGAAGUGCUCAGUAUCUCUCAAAGACAGCUCGUGGAUAUGCUCAGAGACGAAGUGGCUCUCAACUUCGGAAAGCAUGGCAGCGGCCUCUUGGCUUCUAGUCUACAUUUGAAAUACUACUCUAGCAUGACUGGACGCGGCAUCUUGCAAGCUGACAGAGCUCAUUAUAGACUGGCUUGGGCGGCUCUCACCUACCUCAAAUUGCCAGGCCAACAUCGCGUGUCCAAUGAAGCAAUCGGUCCAGUCAUCAAAGUACUUGGCAUCUCCGGGACGAUCCGCAAGGCAGAGGAGCGUCUCAUUUCCGUGGAUCAGCAUCAGCUUUUUAUUCAAGGCUAA